AGAGUUGAAAACAAAAAUAUGAGCAAAUUCCAUUUGAUUUGUUAGGAUUCACAAAAUCCUAGGUAACGUAACGGGCAGAGACCCUACCUAUCUCCAUCUUCCUCGCAGCUCUGCUGUCCAAACCUUUUCACUUUCAGUUUCCGUUUCUCAGGCAUCGGCCACGCUUCCUGGUGUUUUCAUAUACAUGCUUGUAUGUAAGCAUAUCGAAUGUUGCCUUUAAACCCUAGCUCACUCUUUCUUACCUCAAAAUCCCCAUUCCUCUCAUUCCCUUCUCUCUCGCCUCUUUCUUCCGUCGCCACAACCACCGCCACCGUCCGUUGCCAAGCCGCCGACCUCCCCGGCGGUCAGCGGUGGUUCUUCAAUUCGCCGGCGGCUGCAGCAGAGUCCUUCGGCAUCCCCCGCGUAAACCCUGACUCCGACGAUGCAGCUGGAGAGAGGCGAGUUGCGAGUAGCAAAAAGCACACGAAGGUGAAUGCGAAAGAGAAGCGUUGGUCGCGUAACGGAGAGAGCUACUUGGCCGACGACGGCGACGCUCUUCCUCUUCCCAUGACGUAUCCGAACUCGUCGCCGGUUUCGCCCGACGAAAUUGAUCGUCGACUCAGUUGCGAUCCUCAAGUCCAGGACUGUAAGGAAGUGGUGUAUGAAUGGACUGGGAAGUGUCGAAGUUGCCAAGGAUCAGGAUUUGUCAGUUAUUAUAAUAAAAGAGGGAAGGAGGUUGUCUGCAAAUGCAUACCUUGCCUUGGAAUUGGUUAUGUGCAGAAGAUAACGGCACGCAAGGAUAUUGAGGUGAUGGAGGAUUUGGAUAAUGGAAAGCCACCGUCACCCAAAUAAAUAUAGAAACUGUCUUUCUUUUAUUUUCUUAUAUCUCUUUUACAUCUUUUUUCUUCUUUCUGAUCGGGAAUAUUGCUACAAAUUUCUAUCGAGUCCAUCUUCUAUCCAGUCGUCCAGCAUUAUUGUAAUUUUCACUAUUUUGAUCCACAUGUUUCUAACUUUUUACCAUUUAAAUAUAGGAUCCAUUUAUAGUUGGUGAAAGGAAACCCUCCAAAAAGGAUAUGCUCCAUAACUGAUUCUUUCCCUAUGUCUAAUCCAUUUUUCUGAUAAAAUCCUCUUCCUCUGACUUCAAAAUCUUUCUAUUCCUUAAUUGCCAUGGAUGCUGUCGGUGAAUGAAAUUAACUUGCUUCUUCUUCCUGACAGCAUUGGAAAAUGUGCAUCAUUUUGUUUCUCAUCACAGGGUUAAGAGGCAUCUGGAUCUGCCAGCCUAUGCCAGUUAUCAUCUAAUAUAUUUUCCUGGUCUUAAGCUAUUGCCCAACGUGCCAGUGCAAAUUGAAUGCUAAGAUCUCUCCGGAGGAGUACGAGGCCAUAGUGAGCUCCCAGAAAGGAAGACACAAUGAAAGCGGUAUCCAAAUUAGGUUGUUGAUUUUGAUGGAAUGUGCUCAUUCUCAGGAGUUUGCGGCAGUGCAGUUGAGAUGAAUGAAUUAUUGACAUUCCAGCAUGAAUCGUAGCUUUCUUCAGUUUCUGAAGUUGUCUCUGAUACUCUGAUCUUACAGGUACUCGACCCCAGCUUCUCUGCUGCUGCUGCUUUUUUUUUUUUUUUUUUUAUGUUUUUUUGGCUAAGUCAGCUUCUCCGCUUCUAAAAUCAACCAUUUAGUAGAUGAUGUCAAGCUUUAUAUUUUGCUAGAAUGCUGAUCGGGCAGGCAGUUUAUUAUAAUUAAGAAGAUGAUAUAGAAUUAUGUCUCUGCUAUAUAAGCAUUGUUCUCCCCACAUUGUUAAUCUUCCAUUGUUCUUUAUGUUCUUUCUUCCCUGUUUUGGCCUUUUCUUGUCCAUCUGUGGAUGAUUUGACAUUGAAAAUUAGGGCCUAUUAACACUCAUGUAACACUUGUGAAGCUAGUU